UUACAUUGCUGUCUGUAGGUUCUAUAUUUCUAUCUGCCUUUGCUGUUAACCUAAGAGCCAUUAGACUUUUCUUCAGAUCUUUCAUUCUCUUUCUUCUUCUUGGCUCAAACCUGCUUUCUCGUCCAAAAGAACGAUCUCUGCUUUUCAAGCUUCAGCAAAGAUGAACAGCUGUGGAGUUCAACAAACCGCUUUCGAGGUGAUGAGGAGCAGAGACGCCGUCGUUUGCCCUAAACCACGUCGUGUCGGUGUCCUAAACCACCACCACCUUGCUCGAUCUCUCCGUUGGCAAGUCAGUCACCAGAUGGAGCUAUGUGAGUCGAAUUCAAGAAGUGAUAUUUUGGAUUUCAUACUCGCUAAGGGUGGUGGUUGUGAACAAGAUCCGACGCCGGAGCUAUUCUUCACAGGGUCACCGCCGGGUAGAGUUUCUAACCCUUUAACCAAAGAUUCACUCUUUCAGGACGAGCUUCUCGUGGUGGCUCCUCCUCCUCCGUCGACUCCACGAGCAACCAAGCCGCCGCCACCGUCUUCUCCAAGGAACGGUGGCGGUUGCGUUAGGGCGACGACUAACUUCGGGAACAAUCCUGCGGUUCGUGUCGUGGGAUUUAAUUGCCUUGACAUGGACAGACGCAACAGCGUUCCUACUCUUGCAUAAGAGUCCCAAAACAUGCAUAUAUAUAUAACAGAGAGGGCUAAAAACCAUUCAAAAGGUUUAGGAGUCUAUAUCAAGUGGGUCUGUGGAAAAUUUGUAAAUAUUUUCAAGAAAAGGUAAUUUAUAAAGAUAUAUAAAUAUAGGAUUUGAGUGUCCAAUUUGGGAGUUUUGUAAAAGUAAAAGGGAGAGAGAAGGGUUUGUGAGUGUUGGUGAAAAUAAGAGCGUCAGUGUUUCUUCACUAUUGUAGCAAAAGGAAUGAGUUUUGAAAUGUGAAGAUAUCAUUUCUACUCUUUUUUCUGUUGUCUCUUUUGUACAGAUGUAAUUUUCAUGGGAAAUGAAAUUUUUAGUCUUAUUUACUC